AUGGAACGUGCUCUAAAUCCUCAGCUGGAGGCGGAUACAAUAUACGAGAUAUACCGAUCGUGCAGGCUGUGCGGUGCGGGCGCUGGUUAUAAAAUGCCGAUCAUUCAAAACGUGAUCAUUGAUGAUUCGAGCAUUGAAUUGAGCAUAAAAAUACGCGAAUGCUUACAAAUAAAGGUACAUCAAGAUGAUAAGAUGCCGCCCCUGAUUUGUGAGCUGUGCGUGGAUAAAGUGAACGACUUCUAUGAGUUCCUGGAUAUGUGUAGGCGGACAAAUAUCAGAACCAGGCAGAGACUUGGCCUGCCUGUGAAUAUUAUGAAGACUGCUGAAAAUGCGGAUAGUAACACAUCCAUUCUGGGAGUGACGGAGCCUAUAGUUUUGAACGAUGACUCUGACGAUGACCUUCCCAUCAAAAAGAAAAGUGUAACGAGAGAUAAUGACAAAAAAAACAAUAAAUCUGUCAAAGCGAAAAAGGAAACAGUAACUGAAAAGAACGAGACCACACGUUCUAGCAGAAACAGGAAACGUAGCAAUGGUUCGUCAGAUCUGGAAGAAAUACCGUGUCGAGUAACUCGUUCCAGUUUAAAUGGCGAACAUAUAGAAAAACAAGCUUUAAAACAAUUAAAGAGCUUACUGAAAAAUCGUAACGAUGAAAAAAGUAUUAUUAAAACCGAAACAAAAGUGAAAAUUGAAAAUGAUUUAUCCCAUUGUGAUAGCGAUGAGGAUUCCUUGUUAGUUCCACGUGUGAAAAGAAUAAGGGAGGUCAAGUUAGAUAUUUUCCCGAAAUCCAAGAAAGUCAGAAUUUCAGAACCGCCCAAACCUUCAUCAAAAUCAAAGAAAAAGGUACAGCCUGAUAAAGAAGAUUUGCCAGUCCAUUCGCCUCUCCCGCACAGAAAGGCUAAAGUGCUCCUGACGAGACUGGAUUCUCCACCUGCGGCAGUGAAACCACCGGCAACUCCGUUUAGAACCACAAGGAAUAGUUUAUCGUGCUACAUCAGUGAUCCGCCCAAACUCCCCGACAGGUCUGUGAGUCCACCGAGACAGACCGAGAGGAACAGUAAAAGCUCACCCAAUCCGGCCAAGUUGAAAAGCAGAAGUGCAUCGCUCAGAACUUCUGUCACACCCGAGAACGCUUCGUUGUCAGUGAUUAAAAAGUGUGUAAUAUGCAAUCAAAAUUAUAACUCAAUCAAAUCCUACAACAAUCAUAUGAGAGUUCACGUACCAACGUACACGAAGUCGAUGUUGGCGUGCGACGCGUGUCGCGUGUGGUUCGUGGACAGCACCGAGGCGGCGCGCCACAAACAGCUGCACACAUCUGGAAGUUUGCCAUACAAAUGUCACAGAUGCACCGCUGAGUAUAAACUCGUUACAACAUAUGAUGAGCACUUUAAGAACGACUGCAUACCGUUCGACGAGGUGCCGGACGUCAAGUGCGAGGAUUGCUGGCGAUAUUUCGCUACGGACAACCUGCUCAUACAGCAUAACUGUGCCGGCGAGGACGGUCGACCUGGCGGGAAAUGUAUGAAGUGCAAAAGAAAUUAUGUACUACUGAAGAAUCUCAAAAAACAUGAAGAGACUUGUACAUUUAGAAGUAGAUUGUACGGGGCUACAGUCGACCCAGAAAUCGCAGCCAGGUUGAUGCCGGCACAAGUGAGGAUAUGCCGAUGUGAUGUACUGCUGAAGAACAUGGUCAAUGGACAUUAUGUGGUGUCUGGUGAUCUUGAUGAUUUCGGUCUCGACAAGAGCUGCUUCUAUCCAUACUCGGCGAGGAGCAUACGAGUUAAAGCCGAGCCGGUAUUGAAAAAUGACAACAUGGUGAACAUAACCCAAGACAUCACGGACGUUUUCGAUUCUGACACCGAGAUAUCUCGCUGGGACUCGGACAACAAUUCCAAUGGAACGUCAAAAGUCAAAACGUCAAAUUUUACAGCAAAACUGAAGCUGUCAAAUGAAAUUGAAGCACACGGUAAAGGCGACGCCUUUGACGCUGUCAACGACAGCGAAUUUGACUUAAGCAGCAAUAUUAAUUGCAUUAUCGAUGGCUUGGAUCGCGACGAAGAAAAUCGAUUAGUUGAUGAUAAAGAAAAAUCGGAUGCGGUAAUCGAUUUCGAUUGUCGAUCGAUCGAUACUGACGCGGGAUCGUUGAGUUUACUCGAUGAAACAACCAAAACUAUGAAUGAUGAUGCAAUUGUUCAUAAUGAUGAACUAACCGAUAGGAACAGUGAUAGUGCUCAAUUUGAUAACGGUGUUGAUGUUUCAGUGAUAAGUGAAAAAGACACAAAUGAGGUAGAACUAGGUGUAAAUGAGAACAGUGCGAUGAUUGCUUGUAAUGGGGCAGUAACAGACAGCAGUACUGGAAUUGAUAGUGCAGUUAUUAAUAAUAAAGUGUACGAGAAAUCGAAUAGUUUUGAUAUUGAAACUCUUUUGAACAAAACCGAGAGCUCGUCAAAAAGCUUCAGUGAAGAACGAAAUGGAAGCCCAUUUGCCCAACAAAUUGGAGACAAUCAAUUCGAGAUUAAUGAGAAGACUAAUUGUGAAGUCACUGAGGAGCCGGAACAUUGCAGCAAGAGUGCUGAUCAAAACGAUAAGAUAAACAUUGAAGAUCUGCUCGACGGUAAGCGAAUGGAACUGGACGAUACCUCAAAUGAUGAUUUCAAUUUCGAUGUGUAGCUUAGCUGGACGUGUAAAUCUCCAGAUCAGUGGCGGUGCCAUGCGAGACAUGGUUCUCAGGCCGCUAGUUAAGGAAUUGUAUUUUUUUGUUUUGUUUCCGGAAAUAAUUAAAACUACUUCAAUGGUUUCAUUUCGCGUUUAUGAUUGUCAAUAUAUUAUUAACAUUUCAAAAUCUGUAUACAUAGUUUUUGUAUUUACACCCAACUGCGAUGCUACUCAUUGGCAUUUUCAUAUUGUUGUAACUACCGUCUAAUGUUGCUAUUAAAAAAAAUAUUGUUUUAAUUAAAGUAAAAGUCAAAUGAUUUGCAGGAUUAAGUAUUGCGUAUGUAUUAAGUUUAUGAGUUGUAAAUAUUCCACAAUAUUAGGUCCUAUGUUCAUACAGUGUACCUAGUGUCGACUGUCGGUAAACAAAUUAAAAUCUGUACAACUAGUCUAUGGAAAUGCUUACUUAUAGGUUCACGAUUGACUCGUUAUGAAGGCAUGAUGUCGUGGCAGUAGCCUCAAGGUGUUAUUUUGGCUUCACUGCUACUACUGAGUGAGGUCACAAAGCUCAAAGUGAUGAGAGUAUGCUAACAGUGACCCUAGCGAGAGCAGUGCCUUGCUGAGACUACCACCGGAUCGGAAACGCGACCCACUGAGUAGAUCCGGCGAGAAACUCAGCUGUUUGUGUCUCUGCAGGUUAGAUGGCAUGUCGAACUCUUGAAGAAUCUGAGAAUAGGAACAUGUUUAACCCUUUGCCUGCAGUGUAGGUCACCGGUGCCCUACGCGGCGCACUGAAGUAACUAAUAAUAUUAUGAAUUUGUAAUUAUUGUUGGUAGGGUAUAUUUGUAAGUAGAUUACCAUGUUCACCAUAAACAGAGUUCGUUCACGCGUUAAUGAAGUAAAACAACAAAACAAAAAUAACUUUUAAAAAUACUUAUGACUUGGUUUUUUUUUAUCUUUUCUGUUAGAGUCUGCUGUACUACAUUUGUAAAAUUCUUAUAUUAAGAUUUACAAUUUUUAAUUGUUUUGCGUAGACAAUUAUUAGAACCAAUUAUAUAUUCAAUUUGUAUGUCUCAAAUCAUGGAUAUAAAUGAUCUUGUGUUUUUUCUGUUCCGAGUUGAAUGUAGCAUGUAUUUUUUUGUUUUUGUUUCUCUCGUUAUGUCGGUCACCAUUUUAUUUCUUGCAAUGAUUACAGAAACAGAACGAAGAAUCACUGAGUACUUGAUUAGAUGUAAAUAUUUUGAAUGUGUAAUUUUUAUAAAAAAAACUACCCCUGAAUGAAAUGUCACAUUAAUAGUCUAGAAUAUACUUUUGAAGUGAAACUUCUUUAGGCGCGUUGAAAGUAAAAUUUAACUCGCGACAGAUUCGUUACGGCUAGAGAUAAAAGACAAAAGUUGAGUGAGAAAAUAGAUAGAGCGUCUCGUGAACCACUCGACCGCGGAGAUAGGGAAAGGAUAAAGUGAGCUAGGUCGUUUCUCUUAUACACAGCAUUCCCUAUUACAAGAGAAAUUUCGUGCAAGUCUGAAAAUAAAGAACCGCAAUACUAGACACCGCAAAAGAAGUUUCACUUCUUUCACGUGCACCAAGUUACAAGCGCAACAUUUUUUUUUUAUUCUAUAAAUUUUGUACUUAUGAAUUAAGCAUAGAUAAAAAUAUUCGGUAAAAUCGACGUUAGGAUAGAGAGUUCCAUUAUUUAUUAAAAUCGUAACGAAUGAAUAUUCAGGUUGACCCUUAAGAGGUUAGUGAAGAACCCGCCUUAAGACAUGAGUUCUAAGGCGGUGGUAGGACCUCUGGGAGUUCGCACGGGUAGGUACCACCAACCCGUC